AGGUAUACGCGCGGUUCGUUCGUUCAUUCCUUCAUCUUACUUUCUUCUUCAUCCUUUUGUGUUGGAAUUGGAUAUUACAUUUUUUGUUUUCGGCCAUGUGAGCGUGAGGUCUCCAAACUCCCGACCUAAACUCUCCAAUGGCUAUGGCUACUCUUCCUCUGUUCCACCACCUCCCCACCCUUUCAAACCCCAAAUCACUCACCAUUCUCAGGCCCCGGUUACCCACUUCUCAAAGAACUUUCCGUCUCUCUAUUCUCUCUUGCUCUUCUACUUCCCAGUCCCCAGAAGCUAAUCUCCAAUCUGCAGAGUCCUGUGUCAAUUUCGGUCUCCAGCUCUUCUCUAAAGGACGGGUCAAAGAAGCUUUGGUCCAGUUUGAAGCAGCUCUGAAUAUGGAUCCCAACCCAAUGGAGGCUCAAGCUGCUUUGUACAAUAAAGCAUGCUGUCAUGCCUAUCGUGGGGAAGGAAAGAAAGCCGCUGACUGUCUGCGUGUCGCAUUAAGAGAAUAUAACCUGAAAUUUGGCACCAUUCUGAAUGAUCCUGACUUGGCCUCAUUCAGAGCUCUUCCUGAAUUCAAGGAAUUGCAAGAAGAGGCUAGGAUGGGAGGAGAGGAUAUAGGAUACGGUUUUCGAAGAGAUCUUAAACUCAUUAGUGAAGUACAAGCACCUUUUCGUGGGGUUCGGAAGUUCUUUUAUGUGGCACUAUCUGCAGCAGCUGGAAUUUCAUUGCUGUUUAACAUACCCAGGUUAUUUCGUGCUAUUCAAGGUGGUGAUGGAGCUCCUGAUGUUUGGGAAACUGCUGGAAAUUUAGCUGUUAAUGUUGGAGGUAUUAUUGUUUUUGUGGCAUUAUUUUUAUGGGACAACAAGAAAGAAGAGGAACAGCUUGCACAAAUAUCAAGAAACGAAACGUUAUCGAGGUUGCCUCUACGUCUUUCCACCAAUCGGAUUGUUGAACUUGUACAGCUUCGAGAUACUGUAAGACCGGUCAUUUUAGCUGGGAAAAAGGAGACUGUUUCUUCAGCCAUUCAAAAGGCAGAAAGGUUCAGAACUGAGCUCCUUAGACGAGGUGUGCUCUUAGUUCCUGUCAUAUGGGGUGAAGGUAGGGAACCCCAAAUAGAAAAGAAAGGGUUUGGUGCUCCAACCACCGCUGCUGCUGCUGCUCUGCCAUCUAUUGGGGAAGAUUUUGAGAAACGAGCUCAGUCUAUAACUGCAAAAUCGAAGUUGAAAGCUGAAAUUCGAUUCAGGGCUGAGGUUAUAUCACCUGCAGAAUGGGAAAGUUGGAUAAGAAACCAGCAGGAAUCCGAAGGGGUUACUCCUGGUGAGGAUGUCUACAUAAUAUUGCGAUUGGAUGGUCGAGUUCGAAGAUCUGGGAGAGGGAUGCCUGACUGGCAAAAAAUUAUUGAAGAAUUACCACCAAUGGAAGCUCUUCUAAGCAAGCUAGAAAAAUGAGAAAAACAGAAUUGACAUACAUACACCGUGGCAACUAUCAAUGGCGUCACUUUUGCUACCCGUUCAACUUCCACAGCAAUACCCAGAAGAGUAAACAGUCUAGUAAUACAUAGUCUUAGCUAGUUGUUUUUGUAACUAUAAAUGUGUUUGGAGGAUUGGAUGGGUGAUUGAUCCAAACCUGAGACCUUUCUGUUCUAUUUAAAUUCAUGUUCCCAUCUCUUCAAAGUCCAAAAGAAGAUGAUAAUCCUUUCGGGAAUUCAAUUGAUUUCUUUGGAUUAGAGUUCAUUGUUUCGUCUAUAAUUGAUUUAGGUGGUUGACUCUAAAAGGCCUUGAAAGAUUCAAAGAGAUUAGAUGGGUCAUUGGGGCAAUAGAUUUUGAGUUUAAAGUAA